GAUUAAAGGGAGCUAAUUUACAAUGUGUUUCCGGCUUCAAAUCUGAAGUGAAUAAUGCCUUGUCUUUCGUAUACGACUAAGGCGUAACUAUAUAAUAUGCGAGUUUUAUUUGUUAUUCCAGGUACAGGACUCCGAUAACUAAUUUCAAACAUUUGUGCUUGAACUCUUGACCUGGAUCAUGUCUCAGCAUGCACGGUCAAUGCCUCAGAGUAAGGAUGCUCUUCUGAAGUCUUACACCAAACGUUUAAAAGAUGACAUCCGUUCCAUGUUGGACAACUUUACAGAGAUUAUAAAGUUGGCACGUCUUGAAGAGGAUUCACAGAUAUCCCGUACAACCCAGAGUGAACAGGACCAGUAUGAGAUGCAGGUCCGAGCAGCCAACAUUGUGAGAGCUGGCGAAUCUCUGAUGAAACUUGUAUCAGAUUUAAAACAGUUUUUGAUUUUGAAUGAUUUCCCGUCAGUGAAUGAGUCAAUCUCCGGGAACACGCAGCUGUACAAACACAUGCAGGGUGAGGUCGACGCUAAACUCAUGGUCCUCCGAGACGAGAUGGCCACGGAUCUAUACGAGCUGGAAGACGAGUAUUACUCUUCCGUCUAUAAAUAGCAAUAUGAGGUCAUGGUCACGAAAUGGUAUGAAAGUCAAAUUUUGUGUGGAAUUUUUAAAGUUAAGCUGGCAUUAAUGUAUGGGAAAUUUAAAUUAAAUUUGAGCUAAAUGUGUUUGGUAGAAUUAUUUCAGGGUAAUCAGGGUGUGAAAUGCCCUUGCUUUGAAUUGUUAGACUUGUCUUGAUGGACUCUUUGAAUUUGUAUUUUUCCAUGGACUUGAUAGUGUGCCUAAGUCAGGCAUUAUAUCUUUUCAACCUGUCCUAAGCUCAAAUUAAUCAACCGACAUUAAAUGUCAUAUAAAGUUGCAUAAAAGAAAAAACUUCGCAUACACUCUAUCUAUAAGUUCUUUGAAAGGCAUUUUAGAAGUUGUAAUGAAGAA